UAUUGCUAACUACGGGACAAAACAAGCUGUUGAAAAGUGUUCGCUGUGCUAAAGAAAUGCUGCCGGCUAUAAAAAUCAAAGAGGGAUUCUUCUGCAUUUCGUGGGAUGUCCAAAAUCCAACUGGAUACGGACAACAGUGGGGACAGACGAAUAGGCAAAGCAUUGUUGCUAACCAAGUGGAUGUUUCAAAUCUUACGGAAAUUUUUAAAUCUUGCAAGCUCUCUUACAAAAUAGAAGAAGACCUACAUGGAGUUCUUGAGAUGGAAACUGUGAUAUCAAAUGAAAUGGGACGAGGUAAAUUGGAAACUAUACUUGUUCAGGUAACGAAAAAUGGUGUCCAACAGUUAAUGACCUUAAGGCGAUCUACGUGGACAAUUACUUGGAAGAAAUGUGAAUGGAAGCCUUCGUGUAACUGCAAAAAUUCUGGUACUGGCGUUUAUCCAAAUAAUUACGGGAAAAGUUGCGGUUAUUGUAGGAGACCGUUUACAUUGGAGAGCCCUCUCGUAAUUCUAAUUCAGUCAGAUCUUGGUUCGUCGAUUUCUCUAAAAAAAGGACCUCAGCAUGUCAUUGAUCAUUUAUUGAACCUAUGGAAAACUAAAACUCUGUCGAAUGUCACUUUUCAGUGCAAAACAAAAUCCAUCGAAGCUCACACUUUGAUCCUUGCUUCUGGCAGCCCGGUGCUGGCUGCGAUGUUUCAACAUGACUUUACGGAAAACCAGAAAAAAGUCGUGGUAGUCAAAGAAAUCGAAGCAAAUGUUUUUGAAGAGCUGCUUUGUUUCAUCUAUACCGGAAAUUUUUGCGUCACCAAGGUGGAUGUAGCUAAACUACUGGUUGCAGCCGACAAAUAUGCUGUGGAAACAUUAAAAGAAGAGUGUGCAAUGUAUUUGGCCAAUACUUUGACUGUAGAAAACGCAUUGUCAUAUCUAGUGACGUCUCAUCUCCAUAAUUCACCGAUGCUUUACCAAAGUGCAUUGGAUUUCAUUACGAAGAAGGAAAAUGAAAAAAUCAUCUGCCGGCGCGAGGAUUGGAUGCAAAUAAUAAAAAACUACCCAGAACUUUGCUUCCAGGUAACACAACUUAUGAUGAGUGAUUAACAUACUUCAUAUAAUGGACGUCAAACUGAAAA